CUCAUCACUAUCACUACCACUAUCAAUAGGCAUAGAUAGCAGUGGUUAAGUAUGGUCAGUAGUAUCACGACCGUAACCAAUCCCGACACAAACAAUCGAGAGAUAAUCGAUCGAUUAAUCACUCUAGCCAAGCAGGAACAAGAGAGAGGUAAUAAGUCAGUAACUCAAGAUAAGAUCAAUAAGUUAUCGCAAUUCUUGGCUGAACAAUCUUUACAUAACAAAACCAGUAAAUCUGCAAAGUCAUCUAAGUCAUCAUUUGAAAAAUAUAACAAACUUCCAUCAGUACCUAAACCCAAAUACUCACCAUUCUUUAAUAAAUUUGACUUGAGUAAAUCAGUAUCGAAUUCAUCUUCACCCAACAAUAGUCAGAUACUUAAAGGUAAUAUUAAGAGGAAAAUACCCCAAAAGCCAUCCAACAAGAAAUUCACCUGGAAGAAAUUAGAGAAUAUCGUUAUAGAAAUUCUCGAGAAUUUAGCUAAUUUAUUAGAUAACUUACAUUUAUUUUCAAGACUCCCAAUGUUUCCGCAAACUUUAACAUCAUUAUUAAAGCAUACCAAUAGAUUAUGGGUACUUAUUCUUAUAUUCCUCAUAAGAAAAACCAUUUCGCAAUUACUAAAUGUCAUUCGUAAAGAGAAUAAAGUUAAAGUAGAGUUAGAUAUAUUAAAUAUUAAAACAAAGAGUAAUUUGAAUAAUGAUAUUAAUAAAAAAUAUAACAAAGUAUUGAAAGAUUUGAAAUUUGAUAAAAUGAUGUUAAUCAUUGAACUUGUGGGGAAUUUUCUUGAUUUAGCCUUUAAUACUAUAGAACUCUAUGGUUUACCAGUCCCAGAUUGGUUCAUGAGUGUACUUAAUUUCUCCAGUAUGGCCAUGACUGUAUACAGAAUGAAUAAGGAUGACGAAUAUAUUGAUGAUGACAUAACUGAAGAUUUGCUUUAAUUAAUUCUUAAUUAAUACUUAUAUAAUAAUAUACAUAUGUCCUAUAA